UUGUUUUGUUUGUUUUCUAGGAAUAUAUUGAUGACCCUUUCAUAUGGGGAAAGACUAAGCGUGUUCAUUAAGGUGUGACUUCAUUUCUCUUCAGAAAUUGUGCUUGCUUGGGAUCGUGUAAUACAGGUGUGUUCCCUAAAACAGGUGGUUUGUUGUUUUUUUUUUUUCUAAUUCUGAAGUUGUCUGUGCUCGCAAUAGUCAUGUCUCAGCAUCGAAGGAAAUGUUGCCAUAAGCUCUAUAUUUUUUGUAUACUGUCAGUUCAGACUUUCUGUGGAAAAGACAUUAGGUAGAUAAACUAUUUUAGUUCUUUGGGAUUUGGGCUUACUCAGUCAAUUGCAUAUUUCCUCUGAUUAAUAAUAGAACACUGUAGGUUAGAUCUAACUGUUUCUGAAAAUCUUAUUUUGAAUGAGUUUUAUUUAGUUUCACGUGAACUGAUAGAGGUCUGUGUUAGCUCUCAGUAGAAAGGUUCAUGAUGAGAAUUUUAAGUAGUUACGAGACUUUUCUGUUUUUUUUUUUUUUCUUAGUAUCUUCUGAAGUGCAUAGGUAGGUUUAACUGACAGAAGCAAUCAAAAUGGUUUGUGCUCCUAUUGUGAAUAUCCCCUUCAAACCUAUACUUUAAACCCCUUUUUCCCCCUCUGAAAAUAUCAUGAAGCUUGCCAAAUAAUAGCAAUGUCCUUUCGUAAGUAGGCAAAUUCUUGUGAAUUUCUUGUAGGUCUUGAUUAGUGAAGGUAGAAAAUUCAAGGAAAUAUGCAUUUCAGGGAGGCAAGUUAGUUGUGAGGAAACAGGAAGAGCUGUCUUUUAAACCAGGAUUUAGCCAGUGUUGAAAGACAUUCCACGUUUUCAGUAUGGAUGCUAAAAAAGACAAAAUCUGAAAGUAGCUCUAGUUAAAGCUGUUUCACACACUUGACCAGAGAUACUAAGCUCAUUGUUUAAAUCCUGUUUUAUCAAUAUAUAAUAACUGUAGAGGCACAGCCUUUAAAGAACUAACAUACACAGAUUUGUACUGUAAUCUGAGACUUGCAGAACACUUAUCAGCUUUGUGGCAUUAUGCAGAAUGGAAUAUUGUGAAUAAAUUCUUCCUUAAAUCUGGCCAACACAAAUGCACUUCUAGCAGUUGGUAGAUGGGUAAUGUUUUAAAUUAAGGCAUUAUUAAUGUGGCUGCAUGCCAAAACAGUUAGUUCGGUAUUUGAACACCAUUCCAAACAUUCCUUCUGCAUAUUCAAUUGAAAUUCUCGGUGAUGUCAUUGUUUAAAGCACAAGUGUUGCUUUUUGGAAUUUUAAAUUUUUAUUCUACUUUGUGUUAUGUGGUGGUGGCCUGUAUCAGUGUACUUCGUUAACUACAUCUAACAGUACAGCCUUCAGAUUUUUUUUUUUUCCUGACAAAAUUCCUAGGAUCUUUCAGAGGAAAGUAGUUUUCUUAGGAAGAAUAAUAGCAUUGAUGAACUUUGCUAGUACAGACUUCUUUAUGAACGUAAGGAUACAGUUCUCUGUUACGGGGGCCAUUGAACCCUGGAACAUAUUGCCCAGGGUGGUUGUGAAGUCCAUCCGGGCAAAUGCUCUAAAGCCAUCUCGAUCUGGUCCUGUGUAACUGGCUUUAGGUGACCCUGCUUGAGCAGAGGAUUGGACCAGAUUACCAUUAGGGACCCAUUCCAACUCCAACCAUUCCGUAACUUGCAGUUUGCAUGCUGCCUAAAACAAAUGCUCAUAGAAAGCCUAUAGAGGUUGAGAUGAAAUUAGAUUUAUUAGUUCAGAUCUUAAAAUUUGGGUAUUCCAAAUAAACUUCUUAGCACAUGGAGGCUCUGUUGGAAACAUUGGGCAUUUUCCUCUGUCUUCUACAGGAGAAUUUAGUCCUUUGUGGUUGCACCAGCCUGUGUAGGCCUUAACAUACAUAGUAUGACACCAUACUGGUAGUGAAUCAGAAGUCAAUGCAGAGAUGAGAAGUUAUUUAGUGUGGAAGGUUCUGUUAUUUUCUAGCUUUAUGAGGCCUUACAUCAGGAUAAAAGUGUUAUGAAUGCAAAUUUAUAUCUUAAUUCCUCUGCUGGAUGACAGUUUCAUGUUUAACCAAUAUUUAUCUGCGUAGGAAUGGCAUAACUGUGAGCAUCUCUCUGCUAUCUGUUUGAAGAGGACACUGUUGGGGGGCCCAGGUAUUUCUUUUAUAUUUUAUAGUUGUAGAGGUGUCCGGACUCUGUAAUGGUCAAAGAUUUCCAGUAGAAGAGGAUGAGACAAGAACUGAAUGCAUGUGGGAGACUCUGGACCUAGGUGCUUCAUGCUUUUGAUGCUAGCUGGGAGGGAACUUGAUAAACAUUUUCACAAACUUUUCAUAGGAAAAAACAGAUUUGUGGGUCUAUACUUCCAGACAGAAUCUUUACAGACAGAAAAUUCUGAAUAUGGCUUGACUUGAUCUUGGCAGUGUUUCUAAUGAGUGUCCCAUGGACUGUAUCGAGGUCAGGGGGUUCUACUCUAGCACUGAAGAGCAGAAGCCUGAGCAGCAAGCUGAUAUCAGUGAAAACAUUUCUUCAUUGUUCUCUUUAAAAGAGCAACAGAAAAUGAGUGAGUAUUCUGGACUUGCAAGUAACCAUAGCCAGAUGAUUGCUGAAGAUUCUGAAAUUCAGCCAAAACCAGAACACUCUCCUGAAGUUCUUCAGGAAGAUAUUGAGAUGAGCAGUGGAUCCAGUGGAAAUGACUUCAGUGGAAAUGAGACGAAUGAAAACUACUCCAGUGGACAUGAUUCUCAUGGCCAUGAGUCUGAUGAAAAUGGGAAAGAUUCAGCAAUGCUCAUGGAAUCUUCAGACUGUCAUAAAAGUUCAAGCUCAAAUGCAUUUAGUCUGAUGAUUGCAAACUCUGAACACAAUCAGUCUAGCAGUGGAUGCAGCAGCGAGCAGUCUACUAAAGCCAAAACACAAAAGGAAUUGUUGAAGACAUUACAAGAGCUGAAAGCUCACCUUCCUGCUGAAAAGAGAAUUAAAGGCAAAUCUAGUGUCCUAACAACAUUGAAGUAUGCCCUUAAAAGCAUUAAACAAGUUAAAGCCAAUGAGGAAUAUUACCAAUUGCUGAUGAUUAAUGAAUCCCAGCCUUCUGGACUCAAUGUGUCAUCUUAUACAGUGGAAGAAGUUGAGACUAUAACCUCAGAAUACAUCAUGAAAAAUGCAGAUAUGUUUGCUGUAGCUGUAUCUUUGAUUACUGGGAAAAUUGUGUACAUCUCUGAUCAAGCUGCUUCGAUUCUUCGGUGUAAGAGGGGUUAUUUUAAAAAUGCCAAAUUUGUGGAGUUAUUGGCACCUCAGGAUGUCAGUGUUUUCUAUACUUCUACUACCCCAUACAGAUUACCAUCUUGGAAUAUUUGCAGCAGAGCUGAGUCUUCCACCCAGGAUUGCAUGGAAGAGAAAUCUUUUUUCUGUCGCAUCAGUGCAGGAAAGGAGCGUGAAAAUGAGAUUUGCUAUCACCCAUUUCGGAUGACUCCUUACCUUAUCAAAGUACAAGAUCCAGAAGUAGCAGAGGACCAACUUUGCUGUGUGCUGCUUGCAGAAAAAGUGCAUUCUGGUUAUGAAGCACCCAGAAUUCCUCCAGACAAAAGAAUUUUUACAACAACGCACACACCAACCUGUUUGUUCCAGGAUGUAGAUGAGAGAGCUGUACCUCUGUUGGGAUACCUACCUCAGGAUUUAAUAGGAACACCAGUUUUGGUGCAUCUUCACCCAAAUGACAGACCCUUAAUGCUAGCAAUUCACAAAAAAAUACUUCAAUAUGGUGGUCAGCCUUUUGACUAUUCACCAAUCAGGUUUUGCACUAGAAAUGGAGAUUAUAUAACCAUGGACACGAGCUGGUCCAGUUUCAUCAAUCCUUGGAGUCGAAAGGUUUCAUUUAUCAUUGGAAGACACAAAGUUAGGACGGGUCCCUUAAAUGAAGAUGUUUUUGCUGCUCCCAACUAUACAGAGGACAGAAUUCUUCACCCCAGCGUUCAGGAGAUCACAGAGCAAAUAUAUCGGCUAUUACUACAGCCUGUGCACAACAGUGGAUCCAGUGGCUAUGGAAGUCUAGGUAGCAAUGGCUCACAUGAACACUUAAUGAGUGUGGCAUCCUCCAGUGACAGCACAGGAAAUAAUAAUGAUGACACACAAAAGGAUAAAACAAUAAGUCAAAAUGCCCGUAAGGUCAAAACUAAAGGACAGCAUAUUUUCACUGAGAAUAAAGGAAAACUAGAACAUAAGAGAGAACCUUCUGCAGAAAAACAAAAUGGUCCUGGUGGUCAGGUGAAAGAAGUGAUCGGAAAGGAUACCACAGCUACAGCUACUCCUAAAAAUGUGGCUACUGAGGAGUUGGCAUGGAAAGAACAACCUGUAUAUUCUUACCAACAGAUUAGCUGCUUGGAUAGUGUCAUCAGAUACUUGGAGAGUUGUAAUGUGCCUGGUACAGCAAAAAGAAAAUGUGAACCUUCAUCAAGUGUGAAUUCUGGUGUUCAUGAGCAAAAAGCAUCUGUUAAUGCUAUACAACCCUUAGGAGACUCUCCUGUGUUGAAGGCAUCUGGUAAAGCAAGUGGUCCCCCUGUAGUUGGUGCUCACUUAACUUCUUUGGCCUUACCUGGCAAACCUGAAAGUGUUGUAUCGCUCACAAGUCAGUGCAGCUACAGUAGCACCAUUGUUCAUGUUGGAGACAAAAAAACACAACCUGAAUUAGAAAUGAUAGAAGAUGGUCCAAGUGGAGCAGAACUCUUAGAUAGCCAACUUCCAGCCCCUCCAUCCAGCUCUACGCAUGUAAAUCAGGAAAAGGAGUCAUUUAAAAAACUGGGACUUACAAAGGAAGUCCUUGCAGUGCAUACACAAAAAGAAGAGCAAAGCUUUUUGAAUAAGUUCAAAGAAAUCAAGAGAUUCAAUAUUUUCCAGUCCCACUGCAAUUACUACUUACAGGAUAAACCUAAAGGAAGGCCUGGUGAACGUGGUAUGGCAAUGGUUUUUUUGUCUUUGUGUAUGAAGUGAAUCCUGUUGAGAGGACACUUGCAUUUUUAACAGAGUUGGGGAGCCACUGUGAACAGUGGCAGUCACAUGCUAUGUUUAAGUCCAUAUAAGAAUUCUGGUGACAGCCUUGCCUUGAAGAUUGGGUGGAAUAUAGCUUUAAAUAUGAUAAUUAAUGUUUCAGUAGCUACUAAUGUUCUAGUUAUCGGUUCAUAAUAUUAUUGUUAUGCAUCUACUUUCAAAAGACAAAUACCACUUCAAAAUGUUUUCUCCUGUCCGUUCUUGUAUUCUCUUGCUUUUCUGUACCUUCUGCUUUCCGUCUUUGAGUGCUUUUUUCCAGCUUUUUUUGUUUACAGCCAGUUACUCCCAUUUCACUAUUGUGUCAUUGGUGAAACAAUCUAACUGUAUGGUUGCCAUGAAGUUAAUGUCAGUGGGGGAUGGAAGUGGAACAGGCUAUCUGUAACAGUGAGGUUGUUUUUUUUUUGUUUUGUUA